GGCAUAUUGGAUAGAUCCUCACUGGGGAAUACACGAGGGGACAUGAACAAGAGCAGUCACACCUGAAGGUGACCAUGGAGGUGAAUGGUCUCCCACUAGAGCUAUGGCGUCUGAUCUUAGCCUACCUGCGACUUCCUGACCUUGGUCGAUGUAGCCUCGUGUGCAAAGCCUGGUAUGAACUCAUUCUCAGCCUGGACAGCACCAGGUGGCGCCAGUUGUGCCUGAGAUGUAUUGAGUGCCGACAUCCCAACUGGCCCAAUCAGCCUGAUGUGGAACCUAGGUCUUGGAGAGAAGCAUUCAAACAACACUACUUGGCUGCCAAGACAUGGACCAAAAAUGCCCAGGAACUAGAGUCUUCUAACUGUUUUUACCUCUUCCGAAGAAGAAAGGACCGGCGGGUUCUCUAUGUUGGACCUGGUUGUGAAUUUGACAACCUUGGCAGUGCCUUGACCUCAGCUAACAUCUAUGAUAAGAUUGUGCUAUUCCCAGGCAUCUAUGAGGAACAGGGUGAAAUUAUCCUGAAUGUUCCUGUGGAGAUCAUGGGCCAAGGAAAGCUUGGGGAUGUGGCUCUGCUGGUCUGUGUGGAUCAGCACUGUGCCACAACACGGCUAUGCAAUCUUGUCUUCAUGCCAGUAUGGUUCAGCCCUGUUAUGUACAAGGUAUCUUCAGGUCAUGUCCAAUUUGACAACUGCAACUUUGAGAAUGGGCAAUUGCAAAUUCAUGCUCCAGGAACCUGCCAAGUUAAAUUUUGUACCUUUAAUCAAGCCAGCAUCAGUCUUCAUAGUGUAGCCCUUUGUGUCCUUGAAAACUGUGAAUUUGUUGGGAGUGAAAUUGCCUCUGUAACUGUUGAAGGGCAUCCAUCCUCUGAUAGGAACUGGGCCUAUAAGCAUCUAAUGGGACUAGUCAGGUCCUCUUCUGCUUUAUUAGCUACCCAAGAUUCAGAACCUUUUAACCCAUCAAACCAUGAAAACUUAGGGCACAUGCCCAUAAGAAACUUAAGGACUUGUGAGGUUGUUAUAGGUGAAAACCAGAGCAACUUCAUUCCAACUUCAAAAUCACCACGAGCAUGUGAAAAAGACUUUAAGAAGGAGAAUGAAAUUAACAGGGACCUCUGCUCUGCCAGGGAUGGGAAGAGGACUGCCCAUGAUGCUGACUCCAUUGAUAGCGACCAUAGCUCUAGCAGUGAAAAUGAACCUGAAGACCAGUUCUUGUACAAAUUCUCCCACCAGCUACCCAGUCUGAACCACACGUUGGCCAAGUCUCUCCUCUGCAGACCACAAACCACUGGAUUGACCAACCUCCAGAAAGGCCUGGAAUUGAAAACUCUGCAGCAGGAGCUUCAGAGAGACAGUGAGGCCCAGUCCCUUGCCUGUUCCUUACAGGGCUGCCUCAUUAGGAAGUGUCUUUUCAGAGAUGGGAAAGGGGGGGUCUUUGUCUGCUCUCAGGGCCAUGCCAAGAUGGAAGGGAACAUCUUCAGGGACCUGGUGUAUGCUGUCCGGUGUGUGCAGAAUAGCAAGAUCAUCAUGCUAAAGAAUGACAUUUACCAUUGUAAAGCAUCAGGAAUAUUUUUGCGCCUGGAAGCAGGAGGCUUGAUUGCUGACAAUAACAUUUAUUCCAACUCGGAGGCUGGUGUGGAUAUCCGAAAGGGAGCCAACCCAUUCAUACUGUGUAAUAAGAUACACAGUGGCCUUCGUUCAGGCAUUGUCGUCCUUGGCAACGGAAAAGGCAUCAUCCGUAGCAAUCAAAUAUAUGGAAAUAAAGAAGCUGGCAUUUAUAUUUUGUAUAAUGGAAAUCCCAUUGUGAGUGGAAACCACAUUUUCCAAGGUCUUGCUGCUGGCAUAGCAGUGAAUGAGAAUGGAAGAGGACAGAUAACAGAAAAUGUGAUUCGUGAAAAUCACUGGGGUGGUGCAGAUAUUCGCCGAGGAGGUGACCCAGUUCUUAGAAGUAACCUCAUCUGCUUUGGCUAUUCAGAUGGUGUGGUUGUAGGAGAACAAGGAAAAGGACUAAUUGAAGGAAAUACUAUAUAUGGUAACAAAGGCUGUGGCAUGUGGAUCAUGUCCUCAAGUCUCCCACACAUCACAAGCAACCAGAUUGCCCAUAACAGCAUCUAUGGGGUUGCUGUGUUUUGUCAGAAGGAUGAUGCUAAUGAUUACCUCAUUAACCAAGGAAACAAUGAAAAUUUCAUUGAUGAAGGUGAAGCUUUCAACUGGGAAAAUGAACUGGAGAGUGAAGAUGAUCACUUCUCCUCCAGGCGGCCAGUCAGCGUGGCUCUUAUUGAAUCUAACAGUAUUAACCACAAUGGAGCCGCCGGGCUCUAUGUCAAGAGCAAUGAAGCCCUGAACAUCAUUGCCAACGUCAUCCAUGCCAACCAGGAGAGUGGGCUGGUCGUGCUGCAGAGCACCCAGCUCACCCGCGUCGCCAACAACAGCAUCUCCUGCAACCAUCUCAGCGGGGUCCUCGUGGAGGCCGAGUGCAGGGUGGAGCUCCGUGGAAACGGCAUCUAUGACAAUGGCGGCCCCGGAGUGUCCUCCAAAGGGGAUGGGGCCAUCCUAGAAAAUGACAUCAUCGGCAACCGAGGCUGUGGGCUGCAGUUACUCCAAGCGGCCAACAUGAAGAUCACCAAAAACAGAAUCCAUUCCUUCCGGGAUUAUGGAAUCAUAAUGCUUGAUCAAGUCAAAGGCUUGGUGCAGGAAAAUAUGAUCUUUCAAGGGAAGACCAAAAAGACCAUUUUGCAACAGGUCUCCAAUCUCGAAGACUGUUUAGUUCAAAACAACAAGCUUUUGGCUUUCAAGAAGUCUGACAUCCCUUGGAAGUUAGAGAAUCCCCCUGCGAGGCCUCAGAUUGAAGACACAGCAAGAAGCAUCUCUACAGCCCACAACAGCCAGAAGGUGGCAACCGUCACGACCAGAAUUAGUACCCGAGUGGAAGGCAGGUGCCCCAGCAGCCGCAGCAUCUUCUGCACCCUUCUGUGACUGUCAGGAGGUCACUCAGGCCUCUCUGAGAACUCACUCUCCCCAGGAACAGAGGGAGGGAAGGGCAGUAAUGUAGGGGUUCACUGAAGUUUGGGGGAGGCUUAUUUUGAAUCCUCUGUCUGGCUCCAGGGGGAGAUGAGUGCCCAGCAAGUCCAAGACUGUGAGGUUUUCUGGGAAUUGAGAAGAGUCCCUGAAGGAACUCCAAGUCAUAGUUUUUUUCUUCUCAGAAGCUGGGUUUAGCCAAGGAAAUAGAUUUAACGAGUCUUUGAGGAAGAGAAGGAAGUUGGUGGGUUUCCUGUUACUGAGGCUCUUUAGGCAAAUCUGAAAAUGCAAGGGCAAAACCAGCCAGAAAUUAGGGCUUAAUGAAAAGGGGAAAAGAUAAUUUCUUUGAAGAAGCACUACUUCAUGUCAAAAGACUUAAGCUGUCAUCCACCAGCUGUGUGACUCUGGCCCAGGCUCUGAACCACUGUCCUUCCUCUGGAAAUUGAGAAGGUUUGGACAAGAUGAUCUCUGAUGACCCCUCAAGCCUAUUAUCAUGCAGAGGAUCUUAUUGAAGGAAGGUCUGGGCCAGGAAGUCUCCAAAGACACCUCCAAAUUUCUGUUUGCCGGGAAGCUGUGUACACAUCAGCGGCUUCCCUGGUGUUUCCUGAUGCCAGAGGGGACAUGCCACCUUUGGGAUUUGGGCCCAGGCCUGGCCCUUGAUGAGAUUCAGUUUCUUCUCCCCAGAGCUUGGUCUCCUAGCACCAGCCAAUUCUCAGGAAGAUCACUAUCCCCCAUGUACACGGCCUGACUGCCAGGCCUCGGGGACAAAGAGAGCCUGUGCCACAGCCCCUACUUCUGAGACUUCAUAGGGAGCAACCAAGCGUGCUCCGUGGACCAAUGCAGAAAAGCCUGAGUCCCAGCUGUGAUGACUGACACAAAAUCAGCUCUCGUUCUCUGGGCCUCUCACCCAAGCCUAGUCCAGUGCCUCACCCAGUGAGCAGCUCUGAUGGGUCUGACCAAGCACUCUAGGCCCCAUCUGCUAUUUGAGGACAGGCCCUAGCUAUGGGUGCACACGCUUUAUGACCAGAAGAUUGACCACUAGCCAAUUAAAUUUUUGGCCAUGGUGACUUUUAUCACCCACACACCCAGAGCCAGGAUCCAUUCUUACAAACUCAAUAAAAAUGCAGCUUAGACAAUCAGACCCAAGGAGAUUAGGAAAUUGCACUCCGCUCCUUCCAUCCCAGAGGACUGUGCUAAAAUGUGUUGUGUCUGGGGGUUAUAGCCCUAUAAAACUGAAGCCCCAGCCUCUGAGGAGUGGGCAAAUAUGGCCACCCCUAGACAGAUGAGAGACCCUGGGGCUCUGAGCUGGCACACACCCUGUACCUUCCCAUCCAGCGAGGCCGUGUGGCUUCUGAGGUUAGCAAGGAGGCACAUUUUGGAGGGAACUGUAUUGUUUAUACUGUGGCUCCAAUGCUGCCAGCUCCCCUCAGGGGAGAAGGGGAGGCAUAAAGGGGGAUGCCUGGAGAAGAGGAUGAAGUGAGAGAUGUGGAACCAAGCACAGGUCUGCCCCAGGUUGAGAGGUCACAACAGCACUAGUCUCUCAUGUGCCCUUGGUAUGUUUUCAUUUCUUUGGUAGACAUGCUCCACAUGGGACUGACAAGGCCCCCUUUUAAGAUGUACAAU